UUUGGACUGGGUUAUGUUCUGCUGAAGGGCGGAAGUAAUAUACCUUGGACAAGAGCAGUUUGUACCAAAAUGCGAUUUAUAUUUUUAAGUUGAGAAAUCACUCGAACCAGAGAGAAUGUCGACCUUCCUGGUAGUUGCCAGCAUAGACUUUGGAACCACCUACUCGGGAUGGGCCUACUCAUUUCGCCAUGAGUUCGAAAAAGAUCCCACAAUAGUCUAUGCUAAAACUUGGCACGGCAACAACUUCGUCUCACAAAAAGGACCAACCUGCGUCCUUAUCAAGCCAGAUGGCAUAACCUUGGAAGCUUUUGGAUACGAAGCAGAGACCAUAUACGCAGACCUAGCCGCCAAGAAUGAACACAAAAAGUGGUACUACUUUCGGAGGUUCAAAAUGAAGCUCUUCGACAAAGAAACAUUGACGAUGUCUUUAGAGAUUGAAGAUGAAGACGGAAACCGACUGAAAGCAAGCAAGGUGUUUGCGCUGUCCAUUCGCUAUCUUAAGGAAGAUUUAAUAAAAACUACUUCCGACAAAUUAAGUGGCGAUAUCACGGAGAAUGACAUUCAUUGGGUUAUCACAGUUCCAGCUAUUUGGAGUGAGCCAGCCAAGAAAUUCAUGCGCGAGACAGCUAGAGAGGCUGGCAUACCAUUUGGUCAGUUGAGCAUUUGCCUGGAACCGGAGGCGGCUUCCAUUUAUUGUCGUCAUUUGCCCAUGGAAAGAAGUUCUGACACUUCUGUUUCAACGUUUAAACCUGGUACAAAGUACUUGGUCUUGGAUGCUGGUGGUGGUACGGUGGAUAUUACAGUUCACAAAAUCACCCAAGAGGGCAAACUGAAGGAACUUUUACAGGCAUCGGGGGGCGAAUGGGGUGGAACAAAGAUUGACGAUGCGUUUCUUGAGCUAUUCAAUAAAAUAGCAGGUGCUGAUAUAAUAGAGAGACUUAAAAAGGAAAACAUGGACGAUUACUUAGAACUGGUGAGAAACUUCGAAGUAAAGAAACGAGAUAUCAUUGAUAAAGCUGGGAUAACAGUUAUUCGCAUCCCGAUCAGUGUGAUGGAGAUUGCUGAGGAGAUGACCGGGAAAACAUUCAAGCAUUUGCUACAAGAUUCGUCUUACAAAGAAAGUAUUCACCAAGAUAGAGACAAGUUAAAAUUUGACAUUUCAGUUUUAGUGACACUUUUCAGCAGCACAAUAAAGGGUAUCAUCAGCCAUGUUCAAACCCUUCUUCAGAGUAUGGAUCAGGACUGUCAAGCAAUUCUCAUGGUUGGAGGAUUUUCACACUCAAAAUUGUUACAAGAAAGAGUGAAGACUGCGUUUCAUAAACAUAUCCUGAUAGUUCCACCUAAUGCAGGUUUGGCUGUAUUGAAGGGGGCGGUUGCUUAUGGUCACAAUAAGAGAGCAAUUGUUUCCAGAAUUGCAAGAUAUACAUUCGGACUAGAGACUUACAUCAAAUUUGAUCCCAAAAAACAUCCUGUAGAAAGAAAGUUUUUAGGCGAAGAUAAUAAACCAUUUUUUCGUGGAGUUUUUAGUGAGCUUGUUCGAAAGGGUGAAACAGUUGAAGCGGAAAAGGGAUCCGAACCAAAAUGCUUUGAUCCACCAAGGUCCAGUACUCACUUUAUAUGUAAACUCUUUUUCUCGACGGAAAACAGUCCUGAAUUUGUCGACGACGAAGGUUGCAAUAUCGUUGGAGAGUUUGAUGUACAUUGUGUAGAUAAGUUUGGGAAAUUGGGUGGGGCGAUAAUAAGCCUUUUAUUUGGAGGCACGGAGAUUGAAGCACGCGCAGUUUUAGAGAGCUCCCUUGAAGAAGUUAAAGCAACGUUUGAUCUUCCUGAUUAAAUACGUACAGCUAAACAACUUGAAAAAAACAUAAAUUUGUAAAUUUACAUUUUACUGACCGUUCCAAGGCGGUACCUAACAAUCCUUAAUAAUCAUACCUAGUUUUUUUAUAUAUAUUAUAUAUGCACUGUGUUGUUUUUGGAGUUUUGUGCUUUUGUUCCAUGUUUCUUUUUGUUUGUUUUUUGUUUUUGUGUUCUAUGUAUUUGGCGAACACCCUGUGCCAUUAAAACUGGGUUCAUGUUUAAACUUUUGGCUACUAAGCUUGUCUCUGUAGUUUUUCACAUAAUGAAAUAGAAUGCCGCUAAGAAGAUAAUGCUAUUGUGAGUGUUGCACAAUGAACAGCCUCAAUUAAACACAUAUUGUUGCUAUAAUAGAACAGAACAGAACAGAACAGAAUUUUAUUACACGUACACUGUACAGUUUUUUUUGUGUUUCAUAUACAUAUUAAAUAAAUUACAUUUAUACAAUGUAGUGUGAAAUAUUAAAUCAAUAUUAUAAUUAAUCUAUUUUUAAGGAUGAACUUGAAUAGAAAACACGAAUCAAUCAAACUUAUAGUAAAGUAGAACGCACCUUUAAUGCUUCCGAUAUAAUUGCUUAACAUAAAUGUUUCAGAUGUAUUCUUUGUAUUAUGAAGUUGCACAAGUUUAAACAUACUAGGUCUUAUUCUAUAUUAACCUUUGAUAUAAGUUUGUCUUAAUUGGACAUAAGGUGUACACUUAAAUAUAAAAUGAAAUUCGUCUUCUACUUCGUUCGAUUCACAUACUUGACAAAGACGUUAUAAUACAACGAAAACUAUAUGGACAAGCUCAGUAGCAAACAUUGUGGUUAGAUAAUUGUUUAUAGGCAAACGAUUCAAUGUCUUACUUGAAGUACAUAAACUUUCAAAUUAUUCGUCUCCCGGUAUGUAUGUAUGUAUAUUACAUUUUGUAGGAACAAACUCUUUUUUAUUAUGUACUACCUUUAAGGUUCAGGUGUACUUUAUAUUGUUAUUGUUAUUAUGGAAGGCCGGAGUUCACCUUUCCGGAGAUAAUAAUUUUGCCAAUAUAUUUCAAUAGAAAAAAAUAUUAUCCCCGGGAAUUAAUUCUCCGGAGAUCCUAAUUACAAUUAUCUCCGGGAUUUGCACACAAGAAUCCCGGAGAUCAUAAUUAUAAUUAUCUCCGGGAUUUGCACACAAGAAUCCCGGAGAUCAUAAUUAUAAUUAUGAUCUCCGGGAUUCUUGUAUGAAAAUCCCGGAGAUCAUAAUUAUAAUUAUCCCCGGAAAAAGAGUCAGAAACCCGGAAAUCAUAAUAAUAAUCAUCUCCGGGAAUUGCAACCAAGAAUUAUAUGAACCACUCUCGUGUGGUCUCGUGCCGAGGGAAAACCGGAGUACCUGGAGGAAGCCCACUUGUCGGGCUUGGUGGCCACAAACCUUGAACUUUUAUGCGCCAAGGCCGGGAAUCGAACACGAGUCGCCUUUGUGAGAACCGAGUUCGCUAACCACAGCGCUAACCGGACAGCCAAACUCAAAUAGUAGUUUGGAACUCCCGUCGUUUAAUGCAUGUGUCAUUCACUAUAAAUUCAAUUGGGUAAGAGAAAAAACUUAAAACUCUUAUUUAAGCACUUGUAGGUUGCUUAUCUUACGUGUUUAUUGGCACAAAUUUAAUCGUAUUAUAAAUUCCAGUUAUAAAUUUCUUUAUGACCAAAUACUAACAGAUGUAUGAUAGUGAAAACAUUAAAUAUGUACUUCUGCUAAGGUUUGGAGAAGAACUUUUUAAGAUAUAUUCAUCUUUCGUUCUAAUCCUUUUCUAGAUUGUACAUGUGUUUUCUGUUUUUCUUUUUGUUAUGUAUGUAUACGCUGAUGAAUAAAAUAUGU